CAGCAGGCUUACGUCAUGGGAUUCGAGGUCUUGGUCUUCUGCUCCGCCCUCCUGACGGCGACGACGGCGGCGCCCCAGUACACCUACGAGCCCCCGAGCGUCCCUUCCGGCCUCUACGACCUUCCUGCCGACCCCUCCGAGGUGGACCCCAGCGCCUCGGACCCCGUCGAGGUGGCCCUGCCGGACGACCCCGGGCUGGACGCGGCAGCACAGGACCCCCGACCUGUGGUGAUCCGACCGGAGAUGGAAGGCAUGCCCUACGACUUCGAGUGGGGCGUGCAGGACCAGGAGAGCGGCAACGCCUUCAGCCACGUCGAGAGCAGCGACGGCCAGACGACCCAGGGCGAGUACCGCGUCCUCCUCCCCGACGGACGAACGCAGGUGGUGACCUUUUUCGACAACGGAGACGGGUACAAUGCCAUUGUGACUUACGAAGAGUGAAACGAGAGAAUUCUUUCUUCGUUUUCGUGGAUUCGGAUGGCACUGUUGCAGCCUCUGACGUCAUCGUUUAGUGUGACGUCAUAGCUGUGGCCCCUUACGUCAUCGCUGCACUUCGCGACGUCAAGGUCUUUGUGUUUUAAGUCUCCUAUCGUUAGUCAUGUCUACCCAACAUGGACAAGAAUGAUACUUUUGAUGUUGUUCACGACAUAAUGUUUAUUCUGUUGCAUUCUGGUGGUAUUAUCAUGUUGGUAAUAAGCACUUGACAAA